AUGGCUUCCCCGCUGUACCCCACCCACGUUCCGCUCUCGACCUUGCAGAAGGCCGCGGUGGCGCUGCUGUCGGGUGUCGGAGCCCUUGUGAGGCCUGCGCGGGCAGAUCUUGUGGCAGCUUUUGGGGAGACAACAGGCUUUGGCACUCUCCAUAGCAUGAGGGACAGAAUGAGGCAGGACCCAACCGGGCGAACCAUCCUCGACCAAAGGCCACGAAUAACGAACGAGUCAGUCGCACCUUGCUGGGAUAUGCCCGACGGCUCCUUUGGGAGGGCCUAUGCAGAUUUCAUGGAUUUGAGAGGCUUCCAAGCAGACGAGCGGCCGCCAGUACGGUUUGUGGAUGACGAAGAGCUUGCUUAUGUGGCGGCAAGGUACAGGGAAGUCCAUGAUUUCUGGCACGUCUUGUUCGGGUGUCCCACGACUGUGAGUGGAGAACUAGCAUUGAAAGCACUGGAAUUUGUGCAGACAGGAUUGCCGAUGACUGCACUGGCAGUUGCGGGGGCACAGUGGAAACUCCCAAAAGACAUCAGAGACCAGCUCAUGUUCCAGCACAUUCCUUGGGCAGUGAGGGCUGGUUUGAGAUCACGUGACCUUAUGUGCAUCCACUAUGAGAGACACUAUGGGGAGCAACUACAGGACUUGAGGAAACACUUGCGGAUCAUUCGUGCACCGUCUGCUGUGAGGAGAUAG